CCAUUGAUUCACUUUCUGUUAUAAGGUGACAACCAUACUGAGCAAAACCAUACUGAGCAAUAUUGUUAUCCGAGGACCUUAGGACCAGGGGUGGACUGACAACUCAUGGGGCCCCUGGGCAAUAGGAGAUCAUGGGGCCCCUGUGUCCUCGCCCACACUCAAACCACACCCCAAAAAAGCCUAUGAAAGGUACCAGGGGCAUCUCAUGGGGCCCCCUACUGACCCCGGGCCCUCGGGCAGUGCCCGAGUUUCCAAAU